AUGUCGGACGAGCAGCUCCAACGGGAAGAAGCUCAUCUUCGUGUUGCAAUUAAUAAUGUUUCCAAUGAGACGCUAAAGACGCACAUGUUGACGGCGUUAAAUGACUUUCAUACGUCCACAAGCUCAACAAUAUCAAGUGUAUCGACUUUUGCAGCUCAGAAAGAGAGUGAUAAGAAUGAUGCAAUUGCAGUAAAGCUGAGAGAGACGUCUGUGACUGUACAAAAGCCUCGGGACGCUCUCUUCUUGGCAAUCCAUGCACUGUUACUUGAAGCUGGCUAUAAAUUAACGGGGGCUAUGGGCUCAGAGUUUGUACUGCCUGAGAACUGGGAUGCUACCAGUUCAAAUGGACUUUUUAAAGCAGAAUACAUUCAUCCAAAUGAUGAAUCAAUCAAGUUUUUAUUCCAGGGGUUGUUUGUUGGAGACAAGUUUGAAGUGUACCUUUCGGACGACAAGGAUCACAUCCACUCGAUUACAUUAAGUGUGGACCAGUUUGUCGCAUUAAGUGAGUCGACGUCUCCUCUUUCGGCAGCAAGCCUGCUCCAAAAUCUAGAAAACCUGCGGGAGACAUUUACGCCAUUUGCCGAAAGUAUUCAGCCUGCAAUGAAGAGAAAGACUACACCAGUAGUCAGCAUUCCAGGGGUUCACCCACCGGAUCGUGAUGAUCAAGGAGAUUAUGGUGCUCCAUCUCCAGCUCGUAUCCCGCCGGUGGGAGAAGGUGAUGCAUUUCCACCGGGGCUUGGAGGUGGCAACCCAGACAUGUUGGUAGGACCCGACCAUCCACUCUUCGGUCACCGUGGUGACCCAUCUCGGGGUCCUGUGCCUGGCGCUCGCUUUGACCCGUUCGGUCCGUCUAUCGAUCCUCUUGGUCCUAGUGGCUUUCACCGCCCACCAUCUCGUGGCCCAGCACCGACGAUGCCAUUUGGAGGACCCGGACCCGAUCACUUGCGCAUGCCUCGCGACGACGAAAUGGACCCUAACUUUGGCUUGAGUGGACGUGGCAGCCGUGGUGGGCACCCGUUUGGGUCAGACCACUCGUUUUUCUAA